CAUAACCAUUCAGAAAACUACUACACAAACACAAGUUCAAACAUCAUUAAAAAACAUCAAAAGAAAAACCGUACAUAAUAUAAUACCCUUGUUCUUGUUUUUGUAACACCAACAUCAAAACAAAACAUAGUACAUAUAUAAUAUCCAUCAUCAAUGGCCUCUGGACAAAUAUCUCGCAAGGAAAACAUCACAACCGAGAGAAAGAUUCCCGGCGAGAAAGACAAUGUUCCUGAGAUGACAACCCGCGUCGAGCAACUUUCUGUGAAAGAGAAAGAACUACCACAGGGGAGUGUAGAAGCAUCAAAAGGUGGUGCAAUGAACAAAGAUCGUGCAGGGAAAGCUAUCGGAAAUGCGGGUGAAAGAGGAAGAGUAAGAGAAGGCCAUGAAGUCGGACCAAACUUUCAGUCUCUCCCUGAUCGAAAUGAGAAUCAAAGUCACCUUGAUCGUGCACGUGUUCCUGUGAGUGCGAAUGUAGCAGAAAACAGAUUAGGAGAAAAUGCUACAAGAGAGAAACUCAAUAACCGUACCAGAGUGGUUACUGGAACACCACAGGUUAAGGAACAAAACCGAGCCUUAGGAAGAGAGCAAGUUGUGGCGGAGAGAGGAGGAAAAACAGUGGAGUUAGAAGGAAGGGGUGAAGAGAAGAUUGGUAGAGAAAGGGUAGUUGGUGCUGAAAAUCAAGAUGCGAUAUUGGAAAAAAAUGUUGCUGCUGAAGAAAAAGAGAGAGCAAGAGAAAGAGCAAAAGAAGCAACAAAAGAAACACUGAAUAAUGCAGCACAAACAGCACAACAGAAGGCAGCACAAGCCAAAGAUGCAACUGUUGAGAAAGGCCAGAAAGGUUAUGAAGCUACCAAAGACACGGUUUCAAAUGCAGCGAAAACUGCUGCAGAGAAAGCCGCACAAGCCAAAGAUACGACUCUUGAGAAAGGCCAGCAAGGUUAUGAAGCAACCAAAGACACAGUUUCAAAUGCAGCAAAAACUGCUGCGGAGAAAGCAGCACAAGCCAAAGAUGUCGCUGCGGAGAAAGCAGCACAAGCCAAAGAUGCUGCGGCGGAGAAAGGCCAGCAAGGUUAUGAAGCAACCAAAGGCACAGUUUCAAGUGCAGCAAAAACCGCUGCGGAGAAAGCAGCACAGGCUAAAAAUGCAACUCUUGAAAAGACACAACAAGGUUAUGAAGCAACCAAAGACACAGUUUCAAAUGCUGCAAAAACUGCAGCAGAUUAUGCUGCUCCUGUUGCAGAGAAAACCAAGACAGCGGCAGAGAAAGCCAAGUGUGCGGCUGUUCAGGCCAAAGAUGUUACGGUAGAGAAAGGGAAGACUGCUGCUGAAAUGGCAGGGAAAGCUGCUUCUGUUGCGGGGUGGACAGCAACACAUUAUGCAACACAGUUGACCGUGGAUGGAACUAAGGCUGCGGCGAGUGCUGUUCAAGGAGCAGUUGGGUAUGUUGCACCAAAGGCUUCUGAGCUUGCUGCGAAGUCGGUGGAAACCGUGAAGAAUUUGGCUGCUUCUGCUGGUGAGAAUGCUAAGGAGUUUACUGCUAGGAAGAAGGAUGAAUCAUGGCGUGAAUAUGAGACUCAAAAGCCUUCUCAACCUCAGGAAGGUGAAGAAGUCUUGCCAUCAUCAGAAGGUACCGGCAAAAAUGUGAGCAACUAUACAGAAAAAGCGAUUACUCCAAAAGUUGUACCAGGUGAAGAAAGAACUCAAGCAUUAGGAACUAAUCUUCAAGAGAAGGGUAGAGGAAGCAAUGUGAUACCAAACACCGGUGAAACUGAAACUGUGGAAAAUGUUCUUGAGAAUAGAGGAAGAAAUGUGAUGCCAAACACCGGUGAAACUGAAACUGUGGAAAAUGUUCUUGAGAAGGGUAGAGGAAGCAAUGUGAGGCCAAAUACUGGUGAAACUGAAACUGUGGAAAAUGUUCUUGUGAAAGAGAAAGGAAAGGGAGGUGAGAAAAUAGAAAGGAAAGUGUUAGAGAAGAAGAAUGAAGGAGGAAGUGAUGAUGUAAAGAUAGCUGUCACUGAAACUAAGUGAAGUAAAUGGUUAAAUCUGCAGAUAAUAUUAAUAAUAAAGUGAGGAACAUGGUGAACUAUUUUGGGGAUGGUUAUAUGUCUAUAAAGAAUGUUUUAAGAUUUCAGUUUCUGUAAAUUAAUGUGUUGUGUUUUGAUAAAUAAAUGUUUGUUGAAUUAUAUAAGUGAUUUCAUCUUCUUGAUUAA